AUGCCGGGCGCGCCAAUGGCAGAGAGUCCGAGCUCGUCCUCUGCCGCCUGGUGUGUGUUCUAUGGUGCUGGGAUCAUUUGCACGCUGGUCGUCUACGGCAUCCUCCAGGAGGGCAUCAUGACGGUAGCUUACGACGGCACCCUCUUCAGAUAUUCCGUCUUCCUCGUUCUCUGCAAUCGCCUGGCAGCGGUGGCCUUUGCAGUUGCCAUGGCAAUCGCGAAGGGCGAGUCUAUGAAGAAUGAGGCCCCGCUGUGGAAAUACCUCGUCGUGUCCCUCUCCAACGUCUACGCCAGCUCUUGCCAGUACGAGGCACUGAAGUAUGUCUCCUUUGCAGUGCAGAUGUUGGGAAAGAGCUUCAAGAUGAUGCCGGUCAUGAUCUGGGGCAUGAUCAUCUCCGGCAAGUCCUACAGUGCACGUGAUUGGAUGAUAGCCCUGUCCGUCACGCUGGGCUGCACGGAGUUCCUGAUGACAGGUCCAACACAUUCCAAGGUGGAUGCUAACAACAGCUUCAAGGGCUUCUUGCUGCUUGGUGGCUUCCUUGCCCUCGAUGGCUUGACAUCAACAUUCCAAGAGAAGCUCUUCAAGGAGCACAAGACGACCAAGUACAACCAGAUGCUGUAUAUCAAUCUACUUUCUGCCACUGUGUCAAUGGUCACGCUCUUGGUGACCGGAGAACUGUGGCCAGCGGCAGCUUUCGGCUUCGCCCACCCGCGCUUCUGGUUGGACUGCGGCCUGUUGAGUGCAUCGGCGGUGGGAAGCCAGUUCUUCAUCUACUCGCAGAUUAAAGAGUUUGGCGCCCUGGUCUUUGCGGCCACGAUGAACGUUCGCCAGGUCGUGUCCAUCCUGGUGUCCUAUGUGAAGUAUCACAACCCGGUGACGCACUUGCAAGUUCUGGGCCUCUGCUUGAUCUUCUCUGCUCUUUUCUACAAGUCGAUUGCGGCCAUGAUAAACGCGCCCAGCAAGGACGAGAAGACGCCCAUUCUCGCAGAUCAGAAGGCUGGCCAGUGGAGUGCCGUCCAAGCCUUGCAUGUGGCCGUCAGGCCGACAUCAUGUGUAAAAUUGUGUAAACUAAGGUGGGAACGGCCUCGGGCUAAGGGAAACGUACAGAACAUGCAAUACGCUUUUGUUUCUUCUGAGCCCUUGUCGGUCCAACCGAAUCUCUGCGAUGGGACUAGAUGCCUCACUUUCCAGCUCUCCCUCUCUCCCUCUAUCUCCCUCUCUCUCCUUCUCCCCCUCUCCCCCUCUCCGCCUCUCCCCCUCCUCUCCCCAUCCUCUCCCCCUUGUUUGCUUCAGGGCAGUGCAGGCAUGUACCUUCAUCAAUGA